AUGGCUUUCGCAGCUGCUUUCCGUCGCAUUUUGAGCGGAUCUUCAACGCCUUCGGCGAUUCUACACUCCCAGUUUGCUUCGGUUCGCCACAAUUCUACUCUCACUACCCCCAAGCUCUUUGUUAGCGGUCUUUCAAGAUCGACAACUGAUGAAAAUCUUUUCAAUGCAUUUGCAUCAUUUGGCAGGCUUCAUGAAGCAAAGGUGAUUGUUGAUAGAGCGUCUGGAAGAUCAAAGGGGUUUGGUUUUGUUACUUACGAAACAGUAGAAGAAGCGGAGAAAGCAAGGGAGGGAAUGAAUGCGAAGUUCCUGGAUGGUUGGGUAAUUUUUGUGGACCCUGCUAGGCCAAGAGAGCCUCUGCCACGUCAACCUAAACAAGACACACAGCCAAAUGAAACUGGCUUUACAACAAACAAAACCAUUGGUUGGUGCGGCUGA